CAUAUCAUUUCCACACCAAGCAAGUACUAUUCUAGAAGGAAUCACGUUUAGGUUUGUGCCACCGAACGAACACCGGUAAAACUUCUCAGCACCUCCCAUUCCAAUUCCCAUUUCCUGUAAUUCUUGAUUCCAAAAAAAUGGCGUCGUUUCUGGCCACCCAAACGCCUCCUUCCUCUCUCCUUCCCAGAGCUUCUUCCUUUCCCACUCGCCUCACUUCUCUCCUCCAUAACCGCUCACCUCUUUCUCUCUCCCACACACAAUACAGCUUAAGCAGGUUGGGUGUGAGAUGCAGUUAUGCAGAGGCAAGCACAAAAGAGGACUCCUAUUCUGCUCCAAUAGAUGUUGUGGCUAAUGUUAGGACUGAAAGGAUUGUGGUCUUAGGAGGCAGUGGCUUUGUUGGUUCGGCUAUUUGCAAGGCUGCCGUAUCCAAGGGCAUAGAGGUUGUUAGUGUAAGCAGGUCAGGCCGUCCAACGUAUCCUGGUUCAUGGGUAGAUCAGGUUACUUGGAUACCAGGGGAUGUUUUCUACUUAAACUGGGAUGAAGUACUUCCUGGGGCUACUGCAGUGGUUUCGACAAUCGGGGGUUUUGGCAAUGAGGAACAGAUGCAGAGAAUUAAUGGUGAGGCAAAUCUUGUUGCUGUCGAUGCUGCUAAGGAUUAUGGGAUUCCCAAAUUCAUCUUCAUAUCAGUGCAUGACUACAAUCUGCCAUCAUUCUUACUUUCAUCUGCAUACUUCACAGGAAAGAGGAAAGCAGAAUCAGAAGUCCUCUCCAAAUAUCCCAAUUCUGGUGUCGUGUUGAGACCCGGCUUCAUAUACGGGAAAAGGAGGGUAGAUGGCUUUGAGAUUCCAUUGGAUUUGAUAGGAGAACCACUGGAGAGAAUACUGCAAGCUACCGAAAACUUCACAAGACCGUUAAGCUCUCUUCCAGCUUCUGAUCUGCUCCUAGCUCCACCGGUCAGUGUCGAUGAUGUUGCGCUUGCCGUGAUCAAUGCAAUAACCGAUGACGAUUUCUUCGGCGUCUAUUCCAUUGAACAAAUCAAAGAAGCUGCGCAAAAGGUGAAGGUUUUGAGUGUCACAUAGGCACUGGUUCUUCAACCCUUGAUUGUGGGGUUAAAAUGUUAAGCUGAUUUGCAAACUGUCUUGAGGCAGGACCUUUUACUUUUCUUUUUUCUUUUUUCUUUUUCCGAAAAAUAGUAGAUUAAAAUUUGAAUUUGCUGUAAUGUAUAUGUGAUGGUGUAGUAUGUUUUCUUGGAAGAUGACUUGUAUGAGCAAUUGAAGUGUAAGCUUACGGCCAUAAUUAGCAUCUAGAGACUGAAAGGCACUUGAAUCUCAUGUUUAUAAU